AAUGAAUUCGCAAAGGGAUUAUGAGAGUGCUUGCUUUAUAUUUUGCAUCCCUUCCCUGUGACGUCGUCUCAACGUACAGCGUCCUUGUUAUUGCUCAGAUCAUUAUUCCUCGGCGAACUCUGUAGGAGGGUUACUGUUCACGGUGUAGUCUCGGAUAAGGAGUUGUAUAGGUUCGACCGGCUUUACUGGCACGAGUGGGGAAGCAUCGGGAAUUUCGUUGCGGAGUUACUGGGGUUGGAGGCGAAGUAGUAUCCCUAUGGUAGCCCGACCGCGAGAGCUGAUGCUUGCGACUGUUGGGUUGUUGCUUUUCAUGGUGAGCUGUUGGGAAUGGAAAUCGAGUUGGGGAUUUUCCUUGCUUUUCGGGGUUAAUUUAUGAGUUUCUCAUAUGAACGAUGGUCGUUCCGGACUCUGGUGGUGGUGGAAUAGGUACCUGUGAUGUGAUGGUGUUGUUUUUCCACGACUUGAGUGGUGAAGAAAAGGUGGCUCUAGAUUUGACCUAGCAGUCAAGGUUGGCUGCGAUUCGGGAGUAGGAUCGGAGAGAACUUAAGAUAAAUUCCAAAGCUCGAAUCUGUUCUUUUGUGCACGCGGUUGCUUGCAACUCAGAUUCUGGUUCGAACGUCCACGGUGUUGCUGUUUUUGGAUGUCGCUCGGGUUUGUUUUGUUUCUUGGGGUUUGCGAUCGCGCCCUCACUUCCUUUCUUAGUGUAAAGUUCAGCGCGCUACGUGGGCGAGCCCUGGGCGAAAAGCAUUCCCUGCCAGUGUGCAUGUUGUAGAAGCCUGUUCGGUUUUCUGCGUGAGAUGUCUGGCCUGAGCUUCUGCAUCAACUACAUCGCGUCGAUAUUUAUCUUCUGUCUUAUGUUAACCUUCCCUACAACUUUGCAAAAAAUUUGCCUUCUAUGCUGGCUGUCGGACUAUCUAUUGAGUGAUUUUAUUAUGACUACGUCAAAACUUUCUGCCUCAUAUCAGUGAAUUGAGAUUCAACGAUGCAGAGCAAGACCUUUAGGAUAUCUAAGAUCCAGCUAACGAAGUGCCUGAAGUUUUCUCUUUGAAUGACGAAUCAAGAUGGAGGGCUUUGGGGUUUGGGCAGAUGGUCGAAUAUUUCAACGUCGUCCAAUGCCUCGACGCCGUCCAAAGUAGAGUAUUCACCUUACACGGUGCCUGAUUCUCCCUUCUAUUCUACCCCAAGUGCUCCCUCUGUAUAUGCUGCUUCUGCACCGAGUGCCCCUCCUACAUAUCCUUCGUAUCCUGCUUGUCCGCCCGCCGAGGGGACUUCCUUGUACCCUAAUAUUCAUUCGACAGCUCAAUCAGGCUAUCCAGCCCCUCCUUCCCAUUCACCAUAUACGUCUGUAUAUCCUCCAUUUGCACCACAGGCUUUGCAAGGAGCGAAUGCAGCUGCCGGCGCUACACCUUACAAUCAAGUUGCAGAUCCAACUGCUUCAUACAAUUUUCCAUCCAGUUCCGGGUACAUAAGUCGACCAACGUAUCCACCAGUUUACGGUUCUUAUGAUCAGGCUGGACCGUAUUCACCUUCCAAUGUCCCACCUCGUGUUCUUGAGACCCAUCAUGACAGCCUCAACUUGGGCAGGCUUAGCUUGGCUGAUAAUGGCUGGCCUCGAGUUAACAGCAUAGGUAGUCCUCAUGGUCCUACGCAUUCAGGAGCUGUUGGUGGACCUCCGAUUUAUGGUCGGAGUCAAUCAGGGCACCUAAGCCCGCAAUCCUCAGAUUUAGGAUCUAUGGGUGGCCCUCCACCUUAUGCUCGAAGUAAUUCAAUAUAUUUGCACCCGCAACCCUCAAUAAACUAUUCCGGUCCUAUUUACGGUGGUAACCCAGGAGAUCAGUAUGUUGCCAGUGCUGCUGCUUCUCUUGGUCCAAGAAAUGACUUGACAGACUUGGUCCCUGUAUCAUCGUCAUCAUUCCGCCAGAAGCAUUCACUGACUUUGCUCCAUGGAACUCUGGAGGUUAAAAUUUUUGAGGCUGUGCAACUACCCAACUUGGACGGUUUCUCUCAAAAGCUCUCAGAUUUCACUUCCGGUCUAUCCAUAUUUCAGAAAUCUAAACACAAGGAUGAACCCUCUGCACCCAACGUCCCGCACAUUACUAGUGACCCUUACGUGACAGUCGUCCUUGCAGGUGCCAGGGUUGCCCGUACACGUGUUAUCAGUAACGAUGUCAAUCCUAAGUGGCAUGAGAGCUUCUCAAUACCAGUUGCCCAUUACGUAGAUCACAUAGUAUUUAGAGUCAAAGAUCAGGAUAUGUUGGGUACUCAAAAAAUUGGAGAUGUCAAAAUACCUGUUGAGCAGGUUUUACAUGGAUCGAUCGUCAGCGGCUGGUUUGAUGUGUUGAAUUCACAGGGGAGACCCUCUAGGAAUGGUGCUCAGCUAAAAUUCAGUGCAAGUUACGUACCAGUUGAACAGGAUCUGAUCUACAAGCAAGGAGUGACAGGAUUUGAUUCACAUGCAGUACCACACACAUACUUUCCUUCAAGAAGAGGAUGUCGGCUCACCCUUUACCAGGACACACAUAUCUAUGAUGGAACCCUUCCAAACAUCCGUCUUGAUGGUGGCAAGGUGUAUGAGCCCAGGCGAUGCUGGGAAGAUCUGUGUGUAGCAAUUCAUGAGGCUAAAUAUUUGAUUUAUAUAGCGGGGUGGUCUGUGUACUAUAAGGUAAAGUUGAUACGUGACUACAAUCGACCAGUCCCGGCAGGUGGAAACUUGACACUUGGUGAAUUACUGAAGUUGAAGGCCAAACAGGGAGUCCGUGUACUGCUGCUGGUCUGGGAUGACAAAACAUCACAUGACCUUACGUUUAUCAAGACGGAUGGUGUAAUGAACACGCAUGAUGAAGAAACUAAGAAUUAUUUCAAGGGUACUGGUGUUCGUUGUGUUUUGGCCCCACGAUAUGGUGCCUCAAAGAUGAGUUGGUUCAGGCAACAGGUAGUUGGUACACUGUAUUCGCAUCACCAGAAGAUGACAAUUGUUGAUACUGGACCACAUGAUCGGAGAACGAUUACCAGUUUCAUUGGUGGUCUAGAUCUCACCGGUGGUAGGUGGGACACGCCUUCUCAUACAUUAUUUUCCUCAUUGGAGCGUGAACAUAAGCACGAUUUUCGAAACAAGUCAUGGCCGUAUGCCCCUGAUAGUGGCGGCCCAAGACAACCAUGGCAUGACUGGCACUGUAAAAUUGAAGGUCAUGCAGCGUAUGAUGUUCUCAAAAACUUUGAACAGCGUUGGAACAAAGCUACUAGAAAGCACGAUGAUGAGCUGCUUGAUAUUAAUAAGCUUGAACGCCUGUUGGAUCCUUCAAAUAGAGCUCCACUUAGUGGAGAUCCUACUCUGGCUGUCACAAAUGACCAUGAUGCAGAUACUUGGCAAGUACAGAUAUUCAGGUCUAUUGAUAGUGGUUCCGUGAAGGGAUUUCCAGUUACGGCUGAGGAAGUUACGAAACAGUGUCUCGUGUGGGGUAAGAGUGUAGCCAUAGACAUCAGCAUACAAAUGGCUUAUAUCAAAGCAAUCCGUUCCGCUCAGCAUUUUCUUUAUAUUGAAAACCAAUAUUUUCUUGGAUCUUCGUACAACUGGCCGGAUUACAAGACAGCUGGUGCUAAUCAUCUUAUUCCAAUGGAAAUUGCAUUGAAGAUCUGUAGCAAGAUAAGAGAGGGCAAGCGAUUUUCAGUGUACAUCGUGAUUCCUAUGUGGCCUGAAGGUGUGCCAGACAGCAGCCCUGUCCAAGAAAUUUUGUACUUUCAGACGCAAACCAUGAAGAUGAUGUACAGUAUGAUUGCUGGUGCACUGAGGGAUUGUGGGCUUUCCUAUAGGAAGCCUACAGACUACCUCAAUUUCUAUUGUCUUGGGAAUAGAGAGACCAAAAAGCAUGGGGAGCCUGAACCUCGCAAUCCACCUGAUCGCAACUCAAAGCAGGGAAAGUCGCAGAGAAACAGACGGAUGAUGAUAUACGUCCACUCUAAAGGUAUGAUUGUGGACGAUGAAUAUGUUAUCUCGGGUUCAGCCAACAUAAACCAACGAUCUAUGGAUGGCUCUAGAGACACGGAAAUUGCCAUGGGUGGUUAUCAACCACACCAGACCUGGGCAGCUCGGAAUUCCCGUCCACGCGGUCAGGUUUAUGGGUAUCGGAUGGCAUUGUGGGCGGAGCAUCUGGGACCUUUGGAAGCCAUUUUCGACGAGCCGGAGAGCCUGGAGUGUGUUCAACGUGUGAACGACAUGGCGGAAAGAAACUGGCAGCAGUAUAUCGCUCCGGAAGUGACGGAUUUGAGAGGCCAUCUCAUCCGUUAUCCUUUGAAGAUCGAAGACAAUGGCGUUAUUACAAAUUUACCGGGCUUUAAUACUUUCCCUGAUGUUGGUGGGAAAAUCAUGGGAACCAAUAUAGAAACUCUUCCUGAUGAUCUGACGGCGUAGUGCAAUGUAUAUGUCGAGCACAAUUGGUUCUUAAUUCUCUGUUUGGGCGACUGAUGCCCUUUAGCCUGUAUUGGUUGCUCUAUCAGUCGGCUUUUUUUCUGUUUCUAGGAGGGUAGGACAAUUGUUUAUUGCCCUUAACUGUAGUGUUGGAGGGGCGGUUUUCUUACACAUUAUGCAGAGUUUGUCUAUAAAUAAAUAAAAAGCCACGUGUGUGAUCGGUUCCCUGACGUGAAUUGGUUUGAUCUGAACAAUCUGUAUUUUUUUAUACGCAAUUCGAAGCCAAUUGUUUCGGUUCA